AUGGCGGAACCACCCAUUGUUCUCGAUGGAGGUACCGGUUUCCUCAAAGUCGGCUAUGCCGGUCAGAACUUCCCCGAAGUUCAAUUCCCCUCCAUCGUUGGGCGUCCCAUCCUCCGAACAGAAGAGCAGGCGGGGGAUAUUGUUGUGAAGGACAUCAUGUGUGGCGAUGAAGCCGCUGCGGCUCGAUCAAUGCUUCAAAUCAGCUAUCCCAUGGAAAACGGCAUCGUCAAAAACUGGGAAGACAUGCAACACCUCUGGGACUUCACAUUUAGCGAGCGAUUGCGCAUCAAUCCCGAGGGCCGAAAGAUCCUGCUUACGGAACCCCCGAUGAACCCCCUAAAGAAUCGUGAGCGCAUGUGCGAAGUCAUGUUCGAGCGGUACGGCUUUGGCGGCGUAUAUGUUGCCAUCCAAGCCGUCCUCUCUUUAUACGCACAAGGUCUCUCAUCUGGUGUCGUAGUAGACUCAGGCGACGGCGUGACCCAUAUCGUGCCAGUCUACGAGUCGACCGUACUCUCCCACCUCACGCGAAGGCUGGACGUUGCCGGCCGUGAUGUUACGCGGAACCUGAUUGCUCUACUUCUACGACGUGGUUACGCCCUCAAUCGCACUGCCGAUUUCGAGACGGUGCGGCAGAUCAAAGAAAAACUGUGCUACGUCUCUUACGACCUUGGCCUCGACCAGCGUCUAUCCGAGGACACCACUGUUUUGGUAGAGUCUUAUACCCUGCCCGACGGUCGUGUCAUUCGCGUAGGCAGUGAGCGCUUUGAGGCACCAGAAUGUCUCUUCCAACCUCACCUUGUCGAUGUCGAACAGCCCGGUAUUGCCGAAUUCCUCUUCAACACCAUUCAGUCAGCGGAUGUCGAUAUCCGCUCGUCCCUAUACAAGGCGAUCGUUCUUUCUGGUGGAAGCUCCAUGUACCCCGGUCUGCCGUCGCGGCUUGAGAAGGAACUCAAGCAGCUGUGGCUGACUCGUGUACUUGGUGGUAACCCCGAACGACUGAACAAAUUCAAGGUGCGUAUCGAAGAUCCACCGCGGAGGAGACAUAUGGUAUUCCUGGGCGGUGCUGUAUUGGCAAACAUCAUGGCGGACAAGGAGAACAUGUGGAUCUCAAAACAAGAAUGGGCCGAGCAGGGAGCGAGAGCUCUGGAGAAGCUGGGUCCCAGAGGUUAG